UGGCCGCUUGUGGUCGUGGUAGGGAGUUGGGUUUCUCCUGCAGUUUAUUGACAUGGUGCCGCGGCGUGUGAGGCGGCUGUAAACAAGGAAUCCCCCGACUCCCCUCCCUUCCCGAGCCCGGCGCCGUUAGCAUGGACAACGGGGGCCAUCAGCACGCACUCCCCGACGCAGGCAUGAUGUUUGAGGACUCGUCCCUGGACAGUCUGCACCCGUCUCUGACCGAGGGCCAGGGCGGUGAGAUCGAUAACGCGCUGCUCAGUGACAUUGAUGAUAUGUUGCAGCUGAUUAACAACCAGGAUGGAGGAUUCCCUGGGCUAUUUGACAACCACUUUGGCACUAGCACCCCACUGCAAGAUAGUAGUUCUUCAGUCCUGCCUAACCAAGGCUUAUUGAACAUGUCCCUUGAUAGCCUCUUGGGCAAUAGUGGGAAGGCUCAACCCCCUGUGAAGAUGUACCAGAGCCCUCCGCUCCAACAACAGCUUCAGCAUUCGCAGCAGUCACAGCUCCUUCAGGCCUCUUCAGCACAACAGGUCAAACAAGAGGCUGUUCAGUUGCAACAGGGCCAACAGCAGCCUCUCAUGAUGGCACAGAAUUUUACAGGUUCUCCACAAUCGCAGCCACAGUUUGUGCAGCAGCAACAGCAGCCUUUGCUGGGAUAUCAGAACUCCAAUGGGUUUACAGCUCUGCAGCAGGGGAUGCCUACCCAACAGCUCCAGGGUCUUGCAGUUCCUCAGCAGCUGCAGCCCAUGACCAUUCAGGCCCAGGUACAGAAUAUUCCUGCCCAGCAUCUUCUAACGACUGUCACAGCCAGCUCUACACCAACUGUUUCGACACAGCUCCAACAAGUUCCAGUACUUUUUCAGCCUCAGUUCAUUAAAGCUGACUCUUUGCUUCUGACGGCUUUGAAGCCAGAUGGAUGUACUGUUGUGACAUCAGUAAAGUCAUCUACCAUACCAACUUUGUCAACAACCACUACUCCCAUUCAAACUACAUCCCUGCAAAUGCCGGCUCUGGUCAGUGGGAACACAAUACUGACCACAGUCCCUCUGAUGGUAGAUGCAGACAAGCUUCCCAUCAAUCGUAUGCCUGCAAGUGGCAGAACUUGUAAUGCAUCAAACAAAGGGGAAAAACGCACAGCGCAUAAUGCUAUUGAGAAGCGUUACAGGUCAUCUAUUAAUGACAAAAUUGGGGAGCUGAAAGACCUUGUUGUUGGUACUGAAGGAAAGUUGAACAAAUCAGCAAUACUGAGGAAGGCUAUUGAUUAUAUUCACUUCUUACAACAAGCUAAUCAAAAGUUGAAACAAGAGAACAUGCUAUUAAGAAUGGCAGCCCAGAAGAACCAGUCUCUGAAAGACAUGGUGGCUUCCACGGGAACAAGUCAGGAUACAAUGACAAAUGGAUUCAAGCAGGAACCUGAUCUGCUUAGCCCACCGCCAUCUGAUGCUGGUUCACCACCUCAGAACAGCCCAUUUUCUGUCAGCAGCAGUGAUUCUGAAACAGACAGCUCACUUCUUGAUGAUACCAAGAUGUCAGUUAAACAAGAGCAAACACUACCAACCAGUGCUGGCAUGUUGGAUCGAUCUAGGAUGGUACUUUGUACCUUUGUAUUCCUUUGCCUCUCCUUUAACCCUCUGGCAUCUUUGAUGGGUGGAUCGGACAUCAGGCUGGUGGAGAGUGGAGAAUAUCAUGGAGCAGGCAGAAGCACACUGGGAUUUUCUGUAGAAGCUUCUUCCAGUUGGUUUUCCUGGGUGUGGCCAACAUUGGUCCUCUGGUUGAUUAAUGGAAUAAUUGUCCUGAUCGUAUUCAUUAAGAUUUUUGUAUACGGCGAGCCAAUCACUCGGCUGCACUCUGAAUCAUCCGUCCUCUUUUGGAGACACCGCAAGCAAGCUGAUCUGGAUCUGGCAAGGGGAGAUUUUGCACAGGCUUCCCAGAACCUCUGGGUUUGUUUGAAAGCACUGGGGCGCCCCCUGCCAACUUCCAAUUUAGAUUUUGCCUGCAGCCUGAUGUGGAACAUCAUCCGGCAUAUCCUUCAGCGACUGUGGAUUGGCCGCUGGUUUGCAGCACAGGCAGGAGGUUUCUGGCAGAACCAAGAGCUGAAGGAUGACAUGAAGAAGUGCACUCGGGAGGCUGCAUUGGUCUAUCACAAGCUGCAGCAACUUCACAUGACUGGCAAAUUGGGUGGCAGUUACCUAUCUGCAAUUAACAUGGCAUUGAAUGCAGUAAACCUUGCUGAAUGUGCUGGAGAUGCCAUCUCCAUUGCUACCAUGGCAGAGAUGUAUGUGGCAGCAGCAAUUCGCAUUAAAAUCAGUCUGCACAGGAGACUCCAUUUCAUGACUCGUAUCUUCCUGAGCAGUGCCAGACAGAUCUGUCUGUCACAGAGUGGAACCAUACCACCCGCAAUGAAAUGGCUGUGUCACCCUCAGGGCCAUAGAUUCUUUGUUGAUGAGGACUGGACUGUCAAAAGCACUCACAAAGACAGCAUUUAUAGUGUUACUGGAAACCCAGUUGAUCCACUGGCUCAGGUAACUCAAGCUUUCCGAGAGCACUUGCUGGAAAAGGCGUUAUAUUGCAUUGCCAAACCGGAGAACGGCAAGCCAGUGACUGGAGAGGGAGGAGAGUUCUCAGAUGCUCUUGAGUACUUACAGCUGCUGAAUAGUUGUUCCGACGCUGCUGCCGUCACCACACAAACCUUCGCUAUUGGCUCGAGUAUGGCGACUGUCACCGGUACUGAUCCAGUAGCAAAGUGGUGGGCUUCCGUGAUUGUUGUUGCCAUCAACUGGUUGUGUGGUGAUGACGAGGCAGCAGAACGUCUGUAUCCUGUGGUGGAAUGCAUGCCAAAGCUUCUGCACACAACUGAGAGCCAGUUGCCAAGAGCAGCGCUGUUUGCAUUCAAGGCUGUGCGUGCCAUUUUGGGUAAGCAGGAUGGCAGCCAGAUGAGCCUCUUGCACUGUGAAAAGGCCAGUGGGUACCUGAGGGACAGUCUCAAUAUGGCAUCCUCCACCAGCAACAGUAUUGAUAAGGCUGUGCAGAUGUUGCUGUGUGAUCUUCUGCUUGUCACCAGGACCAGUGUAUGGCAGCAACAGUUCACUGGGAGUCAGACAACGAGUGCCAUGCAUCAGGCAUCUCCACUUGAGCUGAGAGGCUUUCAGCAGGACCUGAGUAGUCUCAGAAAGCUAUCCCAGACUUUCAGACCUGCUCUCCGUAGGGUGUUCCUGCAUGAGGCAACAGCCAGGUUAAUGGCAGGAGCCAGUCCAACCCGUACUCACCAACUAUUAGAUCGCAGUCUCAGGAGGCGGGUCACAAAUCCGAUUCCCAAAGGUGGCGAGACUGAGACACACCCUGGACGACGGGAGCACGCUGAAGCCCUCCUACUUGCAUGCCGCUAUCUUCCACCGAGCUUCUUGUCUGCACCAGGCCAGCGAGUCGGUAUGCUGGCUGAGGCCGCCCACACACUGGAAAAGAUUGGCGACAAAAGGACUCUUCACGACUGCCAGCAGAUGAUCAUGAAACUGGGCAGUGGCACCACAGUCACCACAACUUAAUGUGGCACUACUUCUAAGCAAGGCCCCACCUCUUCCCUGAAAGCACUGUGAUUCUGUGGUGUAUGUGGCCCUCAAGAAGCAGCACUGCCCUUCUAAUUUCAUAUUAAAAUAAUGAUUUGGUAAAAUAAAAAUCAUAUUUUCAUAGGUUAAUGUACAUAAAAAAUAUUUAUAAUUUUUUAAGGUCGAAAGUCGGGAGGCAGCAAAUUCACUUUUGUAGAAUUAAAAGCACUUGUCUGUUUCGAAGCUUAGCUUCUCCUAUAAUGCUGCACAGUGACAAAGCCAUUCCGGGCUGUAUUCUGUGCAAUAUACAGUACUUUUAUAUAAUUAAAAUAA